CUCAGUGGCUAAGUGCCCCUAGAUUCAAUCCCUGGUACUAUGGGGAAAAAGAAAGAAAGAAAAAGACCAAAAUGCAAGAAAUUUAUAAAGAAGUUUCUAAAAUCCUAUCAAUAUUCUAAUGUAUUCUCUGGGUUCUGUAUUCUGAGAACAAUUAAUGAUCCUCUCAAAUUCUGGAGUCUUGUAAUCUCCCUAAGGAUUCCUUUUGGUUGGCUUCCACUUGCUUUGAGGAGACCUUCAAGAAAGGUUAGACAGAGGAACCAACUUUAUGUAAAUUUGACCUUGGAUCUCAGAAAUACUUUUGAAAACCCUGGCAACUCUGGAUGUUUGAAAGAUAUCAACAUACCUUGGAGAGUUUGAGGCUUUGCGGGAACUUCUGGAAGAGGGCGUUGUGAUUCUGGGAAUUCCUGAUCAGUGAGGAGAACUGAUAUGAAAUGGGUCAUUAUUUUGAGCCCCAUCGAAUAUUUCUUUCAACUCAAGUACUCACUUUUCAUUCUGGUUUAUCCUUUGCCUGAGAUCUGUAUACACAUAUUUUUUGUGUGAGCUUAUCUUGAUUUCCAAAGUUUUCUCCAGCCUUGAUCUUGCUUUGGAUCUCCAGGUCUGUGUUUCACAUAGUGUUGGAUGACAGCUCCAGCCCACCCUGUUGUCACCUCAAAUCCAAUAUGCUUAAAACCAGCUAUGAACUUUACAGGGCACUAGUCUUUGCUUCAGCAGUUUGGGUCUUUACUAAAGUGAGAGGUUGUGUCAUCUCAUCGCCACCAGUGUAUAAGGUGACUCCGGAACAGGAAGGCGCCCUGGGCUUUUUGAGCGGGAAAAGGAAGCCGGGCAAACCAGAGCCAGGUGCCGCUGAGACUCGCUUCUUUCGCGGAGGCCUUCCGCGUCGCAGUAUGGGGCUGCUGGCGCUGUGCGAGCAGGUCUUCGGUACCUCCGACCUUUACCGGGUGCUAGGCGUACGGCACGAGGCUUCAGACGGCGAGAUCCGACGCGGCUACCACAAGGUGUCCCUGCAGGUGCACCCCGACCGGGUGGACGAGGGAGACAAGAAAGACGCCACCCUCCGCUUCCAGAUUCUGGGGAGAGUUUAUGCGGUUCUAAGCGACAAAGAGCAGAGAACAGUGUACGAUGAGCAGGGAACAGUGGACGAGGACUCUGCGGUGCUCAACCAAGACCGGGACUGGGAGGCCUAUUGGAGGUUACUCUUUAAAAAGAUAACUCUGGAGGACAUUCAAGCUUUUGAAAAGACCUACAAAGGUUCUGAAGAAGAACUGGCUGAUAUUAAGCAGGCCUAUUUGGACUUCAAGGGGGAUAUGGAUCAGAUCAUGGAGUCUGUGCUCUGUGUGCAGUACACAGAGGAACCCAGGAUAAGGAACAUCAUUCAGCAAGCUAUUGACGCCAAAGAGGUCCCAUCCUAUAAUGCCUUUGUUAAAGAAUCCAAACAAAAGAUGAAUGCAAGGAAAAGGAGGGCUCAAGAAGAAGCUAAAGAAGCAGAAAUGAGCAGGAAGGAGUUGGGGCUUGAUGAAGGAGUGGAUAACUUGAAAGCACUCAUUCAGAGUAGACAAAAGGAUCGGCAAAAGGAAAUGGACAAUUUUCUGGCUCAGAUGGAAGCAAAAUACUGCAAACCUUCCAAAGGAGGAGGGAAAAGAUCAACUCUCAAGAAAGAAAAGAAAUAAUGGGAUUUUUCUCUUCAAAGGUCCUUAAGCUUUACGCAGUGUCAUCGGAGGCAAGGUGUAGUCAAGACUAAAGGAAAAAGUUACCCUGACUCUUGAGAGUUGUUUUUCCAGCCUAAAUUAUUCAGAUUGACUAAACCAAGCAGAAAUUCUCAACUCAUUUUUAGUGUUUCCUAGAAAUUACCUGACACUGUGAGAUCCUCACGUGAAGGAAUGUGGUAGUGAUAGUGGGAGGGUGGUAUACUUUUGACAGCACUUUUUUGGCUUUUCAUCCAGGGAGCUCUGUCUAGAAUAUGGGUUUAGGGCUGCAAACAUGGGUCAGUGGUAUAGCACUUGCCUAGCUGGGUUAAUCCCUAGCACUGGGGAAAAAAAAGAAUGGAUCUUUCUAUAUUGCUUUCAGUGAUGUGCAUAUCUAUUAGACCUAGUUAGAACACUUAUUGAACAGCUGUCUUCCAAAUAAUUGCCAGUUUGCUUUUGGUCUUAAUGAUCUUCAGUAUUAAGACUCUUUCUCCUUUUUAUUUCACUAAGGCAGAUUUUGUAUUCUUAAUUCUUUUGUACUUUUAUUCUUAAGGUAUAGAAGAAACAAGUAUUCAGAUUACUUCAAAUCUUUUUGGAAGACUUGUAUAUGAUUAAAUAAGUAAAAAUUAUUAAGUUCUAGUGACUUUUUAAAUGAUCAGUUAAAAUGUGAUCUAGAUAAGCUAUGGUGUUCUGGAUAAAGAAGAGGACAAAAAAUAAUCCUAGUUAGCAUUAUCAUAGACAGCCUGGUUUCAGUAGCAUAAAGAAAUAUAUGUUGUAGUCUGUCUGAUUGCUGCUUGGUGUCCUUAGGUCACUUAGCUGAUCUGAACUUUUUCCCUCUUAUGUAAAAGAAAGAUCUAAAGUCAAAUUCUACAUAUUACAUAUAUCCAGGCUUUUUGUAAAAGAAAAAUGACUUGAAGACACACACAGGAAUGAGGAAAUUGCACUAAACAACCUCAGAGAUACCUUCUGCCACUUAACUUUGAAAGGCAAGCCAUAUGGAUCCAAUGGUUUGUUGUAGGGCAGUCAGUGGACUGAAUUGCAAAAGCAGUAAAAAUUUUCAUUCAUAUUUCUGAGUUGGUGGUAUGUAUUCAUUAGAAUAUAUAGAUUUUUAAAAAGAACUGUUCAAUUUAAAAUCUCUGAUUUGUAGACUCAAUAUUCAGUAUACCGUAUGUAUAAAACAAAUCUAUUGCUAUUGAACAUUGUGUAUAAUUAUCUAAAAGUAAGCACAUGACACAGUUUUCAGUUUGUGAUUACAAACUAGUUAAAAAAUACUCUUUUUAAUUGUAUUAAAAAUAUAAUUCAGUGCAAGUUGUUUGAAGCAUCUGUCCUCAUGUGAUAUAGCAUUGUUGGUAUAAUUAGUCACCUCAAAUUAUGAUCAUUUGAAUUUAUCCACUCCGAAAAUUAACAAUAAGAUCUAACACUGGUAAUGAUAACUAAGGUUAAUAUUCAAUGAAAUUUAAAUACAGUUAAGCCAUAGUUAAAACCACUGCUGUAUUCAUGAAUACUCUCAGGAAAACACCCAUAGUAAAAUCAGAAUGCCAAAGUUCUUUACUUCUGCUGUUAGGAUAUUGGGUUAAUUUAUGUUGGGUUAAUUUCUUAGUCCACAGUGUCUUAGAUUCUUAAGGAAUUGUGUCCUGGUGGCUCAAAAAUAGGUUCUAUAGAUCAUUUUAAAAAUAAUUCUACCUCUUCUAGAGCUUCAGGAGAAAAGCUUGCAAGGUGAGUUAAAUAUUUGGGGAAAAAUAUAGGGCCAAUAAAAUACUUUAAGAAGAAAAUUAGCAUAAGCUGACAUCACACAGGCAUUCUGUGAGGUUGAGCUGUUCUGUCUGAAAAAAUAUGCAGUAUAAUUUGUUAUAAGGGUUACUUUAUACCAGUGCUCAGGCCUUUACUGAGCCUUUCCAUUUCAUUUUGUUGAUAGGAUUAGAAAUCUAACGAAAAGCGUCUAGGAAUAUUUAUUUGAUGAGUAGCUCAGAUUUUUUUAUAGCAAUAUCUCCUAAAAGUGACUUAAAACUUAGUACAACUCACCAGAAAUUAAUACAAGCUGAAAUAUUCUGAAGCCAGUGAUACUGUUAUCAAAUCAUUUGCUACUUAUUAUUGUAUAUAUAAUUUCAUAGAAUCCUAGAAGUGUACUGAUCAUUGUUAACAGAACAGGAGCAGUGAUUUGGGGGCAGUUAAUUCAUUGUUACAUCUUUGGAAUAGGUUUACUGUCCAGUGGAAUAGGUUAACUUAUGCUGAAAGAAGACAGUAAUUGGAGAUAGAAACAGUACCCAUGCAGUCAGUCUUUUGGUGGAUACUCUGUUCAGUUUUUCUCAAUCAGUUGUACCACAAUAACUCUUCAUGAAGAUGGAUUCUAGUUGAUCUUGUAUACAAGCUCUCCAUCAUUUGAUGGUCGAACACUGAUUCAUGAAAUCUUCCCAUAUGUUCGCUGCAGCCUGGUAGGUUCUUCUCAUUUGCCCUAUGGUCCCUGCCUGGUUCUAGAGAUUGGUCCACCUCUGCUUUGAGAUUUUGUAGACGCAUGUAACUGAGGACCUGUCAGACACAGAUGACAUUACAGAGUAAUAGUAAAUAGUUUAGAUUUGGUAAUAAAUAUCAAAGUUUGUAUCCUAGGGAUUUUUGUUCCAUUUAUUAGUGAGCCUGGAACUAAAUUAGUAAAGCAUGUAUUUACUCAAAACAACAAAAACAAACAACAAAAAACAUAUAUAUUCCCCCCCCCCUUUUUUUUUGUGGUGCUGGGGAUUGAACCCAGUGCUUUGUGCAUGCGAGACAAGCACUUUAUCAACUGAGCUAUAUCCCCAGCCCAAAGCCCUCCAUUCUUAAGAAAUAAAAAGCAGUCACCUAGUUAUGCUUAGGAACCCACUAAUUAAAAAGGAGUGAGAUGUCUGUUUUACUCACCUAAAUGUUAAAUUAGUUACAUCUGUGACUGAAUAUAGUGAGUGUAGCUUGGGUAGGGUAGCAUUGCUUCUUUUAUAGGAGGAGUCCAGUGAAAGUAUUCAAAGACUACUAUGCAAUGGUACAUAGGAACUGAGCUAAGAGAAAUCACUUGUACUACAGAAAUGGCUUGAUUAGUUUUUAUUGUUACUUGCUUAUUCAUCAUUAACAGGAAACAUUCAACUUGGAUCAGUACUUCUAAAUUUCACCUACAACAAUGAGAAUGACCCUGAUCAUGGUGAAGACUUAAGAGAAGAAUUAAUAUAUCCUGAAGUUUUCUCCCAUGAUUCCUUUGUUAAUAUGAUUUAGGGUGUAAUUUUGAGAUAAAAAGAAUUAAGAUAUCCUGAAAUUUUCUCCCAUGAUUGCUUUGUUAAUAUAAUUUAGAGUAUAAUUUUGAGAUAAAAAGUUUAAUGAGAUGCUGGAUGCAGUGGCACAUGCCUGUAAUCACAGUGACUUGGGAGGCUGAGGCA